GGACACUCGAGAGCUGAAGGGCUUCCCCAGGUGUAUUACUUCGGACCGUGUGGAAAGUACAACGCCAUGGUACUAGAGCUGCUUGGUCCUAGCUUGGAGGAUUUGUUUGACCUCUGCGAUAGGACGUUCACUUUGAAGACGGUAUUAAUGAUAGCCAUCCAGCUGAUAUCUCGAAUGGAGUACGUGCAUUCCAAGAACCUCAUCUACCGAGACGUCAAGCCGGAAAACUUCCUUAUCGGCCGGCAAGGCAACAAGAAGGAGCACGUCAUCCACAUCAUAGACUUUGGAUUGGCGAAGGAGUACAUUGACCCGGAAACCAAAAAACACAUACCUUACAGGGAACACAAGAGCUUAACUGGAACGGCCAGAUACAUGUCCAUCAACACUCAUCUCGGCAAAGAGCAAAGUCGUCGAGACGACUUGGAAGCCCUCGGCCACAUGUUUAUGUAUUUCCUCCGAGGCAGUCUGCCCUGGCAAGGGCUGAAGGCUGACACCUUGAAAGAGAGGUAUCAGAAGAUUGGGGACACAAAGAGAAACACUCCGGUUGAAGUUCUCUGUGAGAACUUUCCAGAGGAGAUGGCCACGUACCUCCGUUACGUUCGGCGGUUAGACUUCUUCGAGAGACCGGACUACGAUUAUUUACGAACCAUCUUCACAGAGCUGUUCGAGAAGAAAGGCUACACCUUUGACUACGCCUACGACUGGGUCGGCAGGCCAAUCCCUACUCCAGUGGGAUCUGUUCACGUGGAUUCCGGGACGUCUGCAGUAACAAGAGACAGCCACGUCCAUCGGGAUCGGCCGUCGCAACAGGCCCUUCGCAAUCAGGCGUCAUCGGAUCGCCGAGGGGAGUGGGAGAUCCAGCCAAGCCGGCAGACGAAUACCUCGUACCUGACAUCUCACCUGGCUGCAGAUCGGCACGGAGGAUCAGUACAG